AUGGCCCAACACUUGGAUGUGAUUGGCGGGGACCAAAAGGAGCCACGACAUUACGGCAAGCUCUUCUGGAGGUUUGUUACCUACUUAAAGGAUUACUGUGCCAAUUGUACUUUGGCCGGCUUUGCCUAUAUUGCCAAUCACAGGCUGCAUCCCACGGAACGAAUUUUUUGGCUAUUUUGUGUGAUGGUUUCGUCUUUCGGUUGCUAUUGGCUAAUUAGAGAAUAUCAAGACAGUUUCCCAACCAGAGCCGUUAGCAUUGUCUAUGAGAGCUUGCCGCCCUUUUCCAAGUGGAAAUUUCCUACCGUCAGCGUUUGCGAAGUUGUCUACAAAUAUCAAAUGGGCACAAAGGUGGAGGAAUAUGUCGAAAGCUUGGGCGGCGAUGCAGAUGGAGGAUAUAAUUAUGAAAUAGAGACCUAUGUGUCAUAUCUUUUAUUUCCUCAUCAAUAUCAUGAGGGAAACAUAAGAGGUCACUGUAAUCCGAUUCCCAAUUGUCCGCAAUGCGGUCAGUGUCCCAAGGAUAAUAAUCGUCAAAUUCUCACAUGGUAUGGAUCCAAUUGUACAGACAUGUUUCAGGAAUGUCGCCUUUCAGACAAAGUAUUCGACUGUUGUCGUUACUUCUUGCCUUUAAUCACUCCUUACGGUCGUUGCUUCAUGUUGAACUCUCUUCAAAAUAAUCGUCAUGGCUCGAAGAACUGGCUACCCACAGACUUGGAUCCCGCCAACCAGCUGGCGAAGAUGCAGUUGAUCACCAAAUUGCCGGUUCAGGUGAAUCUAAUGAACGCAGAGGAUAUUCCGCACACAGCUCUUUCCCCGAUCGGAGUCACGGUUACGGAUCCGGGACAGCACAAGCUGUUUCAGUUCCACCGGGAGACCAUGGAAAAUGAUCCAGAUGUCGUUGAGAUUCCACCAAAGAUUCGAAGCUGCCUCUUUCCAGAGGAGAAUCUACCGUCCAGCGUUUAUCGGGCCUACAGCUUCAGUACCUGUAUCACCGAUUGCACCAGAAACUUCCAGAUGGAGAAGUGCAAUUGCACCCACUUUAUUAUGAACCCCAUGUCCGAUCCACGCUAUCCUGACUGCGACUUGGAUGGUCUUUACUGUCUGGAGAUAAACAAUGUGGUGAAGCCGGAUGGUAAACUCCUCUUGAACAAUAACAAGGGCUAUAAGGAGAGUUGUGGCUGUCUGCCAUCCUGCAAUGAUGGCGAUAUUCAAGCGGUUUAUGAAGCGAUUUCAGUAUUUGAUAAAAGCACCACGACACGUAACAUAACACUGGUCAUGCCCGCCCUCCCAACUGAUCAGUAUCGCCGGCAGGCUCUGCGUACCAAUCUGGAUGUAGUAGUUUCCAUGGGCGGCAUGCUGGGCCUUUUCCUGGGCGCCAGUAUCUUAAGUGGAAUCGAAUUUAUAUACUAUUUUACAGUGAGAGCCUAUAACAAUGCACGGCAAGAACAUGAAGCUCAUGAGUAA